AUGUUGGCGCUCUUCACUACCUCAACAUGUGCCCCCUGCCGCACGAUAACACCACUUUUGACCUCCCUUGUCGAAACUCGACCACCCUCGCCGGAAGACAAAUACUCGUCUCUCGCUUUUGCAGAGAUCGAGCUGGACUCUCCAGAUAUAAGCAACGGCAACAUGAUGGACCUUGGAGUGGAAUACGGGGUCAGGGGCAUGCCUACAUUGAUGGGAUUCGGGGGGCGGAGAGCUGAAAGAGUCACGGAGCGACUGGUCGAUACGAGGAUGUUGAGUAACGAGAAGGCAAUGGCAAAGUGGGUUGACGAAGAGAUGAAGAAGGGUGACGCAUCUUCCAGUUCGAGUCAAAGUGGAGGUGGUGGAUUUCUUGCGAGGAUUUUCGGGCCCUGA